AUGCCUGCUAAUGGUGCCAUCUCUGCCACUUAUUUUGUCAAUUGGGCCAUCUAUGGUCGGAACCACUUCCCGUGGGAUUUGCCCUUUGAAUCCAUCACACACGUUUUUUACGCUUUUGCCAAUGUCAGACCUGAAACUGGGGAGAUCUACCUAUCCGAUGGUUGGGCAGACGAGCAGAUACAUUGGGCUGAUCGAGGUGACAGCUGGAAUGACCAGGGGAAUAACUUGUAUGGAUGUUUCAACCAAUUCCGAAAGCUGAAACAGCAACACCGUCAUUUGAAGCUUUUGCUCUCGAUAGGAGGAUGGACUUACAGCUCAAACUUUGCCCCCGCGACCUCGACUCACGAAAAACGACAAACGUUUGCCAAAUCAGCCAUCGAUAUCCUAGAAAAUUACGGUCUCGAUGGUUUAGACAUCGACUGGGAGUACCCUACAAGUGACGAAGAGGCAGAUCAGAUGGUAGAAUUACUCAAGACUAUUCAUCAUGGCUUGAGGGAGUUGAAAGAAAAGAAGGAUGAAAUACAUCCCUACCUUUUGACUAUCGCAGCACCUUGUGGUCCAUCACAUUACAAACAGUUGCACCUCAAAAAAAUGCAUAGAUACUUAUCGUUUAUUAACCUAAUGGCUUAUGACUAUGCUGGUUCUUGGGAUACGGUCUCUGGACACCAGGCUAACCUCAAGCGUCCGAGCUCAGAGCCUGUAAAUCAAGGCAACUUCUCUACCAUUGCCGCCAUAGACUACUACCUUGCCCAUUCAGUUCCAGCGAAGAAAUUGGUGAUGGGCAUGCCCCUUUACGGCCGUUCGUUUUUGAAUACAAAAGGUAUCGGCGAGUCUUACAGCGGGGUCGGUCAAGGAACUUGGGAGCAAGGUGUUUACGACUACAAGGCACUACCACCCCCAGGUGCCAAAGUUGUACAGGACACGGAGGCGAUAGGAGCAUAUUCGUAUGAUUCGGACAAACAAGAGUUGAUUACCUUUGAUUCACCCAAAACCGUCGAGAUGAAAGUCAAAUAUAUCAAAUCCAGAAGGAUGGGUGGUGUGAUGUGGUGGGAAAGUUCAGCGGAUAAGAAUACCACCGGCCACGCCUUGAUCCCGUUAGCAGCAUCCCAACUUGGGGAACUUGAUAGCACUGAAAACCAUUUGAGAUACCCUGACAGUAAGUGGGAUAACUUGAAAGACUACAAGCCUCCUGCUCGCCCAACUCAUCGUCAAAACCAUCGAUUUGGCCCGGAACAUCAAGCUCAUGAUUCUCACUUUAAGUUCAAAUCAGACAAUGGUGAUCAGGCUGUACAAGGAAGCUACUAAGUAACAAAAGUAAUUUGACUCAACGUCCUAUAUCCUUCAAUUCACUAGACAUUAUUCACCGUAUAGCUUGAUCCACUUUUCUGU